UCUAGGUUUCAUGAUCUUGCAGAUCGAAUGAUUGAGGAGAAGGACAAAGAAAUCUCUAAACUUCUUGAUGGCAGUAAGGAUCUUCAUCAAUCUUUGGAAUCAAAACCACCUGAAGCCAUGCUGAAGUUUGAGCUUCACAACAUGGAAAGAGUGCAAAAGAGGGAAGGGGUAGAUAUGACAUAUUUGAAAAAUGUUAUCUUAAAGCUUCUUAAAACAGGUGAAGUGGAGACUCUACUACCCGUGAUUGGAACACUGCUUCAAUUUAGUCCUGAAGAGCUUGGUACAUUAUGCUAGAAUGUGUUCAAGCAUAUAUUAGAAACUGCUCUCUCAAAAGUGGCAAUGAGGUUCAGUACAGCAUCUUCAACCAUCUGUUAAUUACUGCAUGUUGCAUGCAA